UUCCUUAUAAUCCUCUUAUGACUCAGGCGGACGAUUCUUGAUGAGUAAAGAAAAGUCGUUGUUUCCUCAAUUACACUUCUGACUGUUUCCCCUCCGAUAUCCUUCCUCAAUAUAUGCUUUUCCCGUGUUCACGGCUUACUUCGCGACAUCGUCGCCCUGUCAACUCUUUAUCCCAACAUGAGCCUUAUCUCAAGGCUUGCCGAUCUUGCCGACUCUGACAUUCGAGCUCGCGGAAGGCCAACCCGUCUUCUACACAAUACACAUACCUCGUCCCGGCACCACUCUUCGCAGUGUGUCCGCCGCACACGCGGAAUUUCCGAAUAUUUCCUUGGCAGCACACUGUCAGAUCCCAACCAUAUCGGUCUCUACUACUCACUCUCUAUCAUCUUUCCUUACAUGCUCCUUGCUAUAUCCCCCAACCUUUCGUUUCCAUGUUCUACUACAAUUACCAUGCUCUACUUCAUCUACUACUACUCACUCUCUAUCAUCUUUCCUACAAGUUCCUUGCUAUAUCUCCCAACCUUUCGUUACCAUGUUCUACUACAACUACCAUGCUCUACUACACUUACUACAUGUACUACUAUUUGCGCCUCGCUCAUCAUUUUCCAUAUGUCCCGCUACCACAGGGACACUAAUUACACUCAUUAACCUAUAUACAUCCUACAUAAUUCACCGGCCCGGUCAUCACAGACCAAACAAACAACCAAACAUACCCUUACCGCGUUUCCCUCCAGCUCAGCUCGGCUUUGUGUUUCCUCAUCUGCCUGUCAUCCUCAUACAUACAAACUUACAUACAUUCACACAUGCAAACAUACAUACAAUUAUACCUCGAACCCAACCCUAGACGAUUAGC